AUGUACUACAUCUCUCUUUUUGGUCCAGAAAUAAUUCAAUUCGUUAAUAUUGGUACGCAGCAAAGUGACUGUGUUCAGCUCAUUGGCAGCGAUAAUUGCACUUUCCACGAAAAGGACAAGGCCAAGGGUCAUGGCGACUUCUCCAAGAUCCCUAACGGAGUAAAUGGUGUCGAGGACCGCAUGUCCAUACUCUGGCAGAAAGGAGUCAACACUGGCAUUAUGGACCCGUGUCGUUUCGUGUCGGUGACGAGUGCGACGGCGGCGCGUGUGUUCAACUUGUGGCCACGUAAGGGACGUGUGUGUGUGGGCGCAGACGCAGACCUCGUGGUGUGGGACCCGCGCCUACAGCGCACCAUCUCCGCCGCACGACACGCCCACGCCGUAGACUUCAAUAUCUUUGAGGGUCAGAAUGUUGUGGGUAGUCCACAAUACGUUGUGGUCAAUGGCAGAGUUUGUUUCGACGAUGGAGAUCUCAGAGUUGUUGAAGGUUUCGGUAAAUUUGUGAAGACACCAGUGAUGAGCCCGUAUGUGUUCGGGGGCGAAGCGCCCAAAGCCCGCACUCCGGAGCCCCACGCGCCUUCGCCACGCCUUGACUUACCCACCAGGGUCACUAAUGGCACUCCCACACCUACUAGUGAGCUGCAGUUAGUGAGCAAGCAGUUGGCGGAUAGCGCAUUGUCUUCAGGCUGCAGCACUCCCACCGGCCGCAAGAUGCGGGAACCUGGACAGCGAGACCUGCAGAACUCCACCUUCUCCAUCAGCAAGGAAUUAGAAGGACCAGAGACGAAGACAUCAGUGCGCGUGCGCAACCCGCCCGGCGGCAAGUCCUCCGGCCUCUGGUAA